CCGAGCUCUUCGGAUCAGGGAAUAGAGCAUGAAUAACGGUACGUUACAAUAUUUACUAAAAUGUUUCACCGCCACACCGACGUCGGACAUUCUUGGUGGCGCAUAUAAAUAAAACAGUAAACACCCAAUAUUGGCCUUUCCGUCUGUAACCUGAAACAAGCACUCCAGCGCUGUAAGCUCUUUAUUCAGCCUGUAAGAUGGCCUGGAUCUGGAAGAGGAAGUCCGUGAUAGUGAGCAGUCUGAUCAUCGUAGUGUCUCUGUUUCUGGUGGUGAUGAAUUACUCAGAGAAGCCGUACUUCCUUCUGCAGCCUGUAUUCGGCCAGAGCUUCAGCAGAAACAGGAUGUUUUCCCGCCCACCACACAAAGCCUUCAAACCCCACCGCGGCUACCUCAGUAUCCCCAGUCAGGAGCCACUGAAGCUCAAUUGUGAGGUGUGUAGUAUAGUGUCCAGCUCUGGCCAGAUGUUGGGGCGUGAAGCCGGGGCAGAGAUCGACCAGUCCUCCUGCAUAUGGAGAAUGAACAACGCACCCACAAGGGGCUUUGAGAUGGAUGUAGGACGCAGGACGGACCUGAGGGUGGUGUCCCACACCAGUGUUCCACUGCUAAUCCAAAAGCCCCAGCACUUCUUUGGCCAGGGGAACGAGACUGUUUAUGUGGUGUGGGGACCCUUACGCAACAUGAGGCAGGAUGGCAAGGGCAUUGUGUACAACAUGCUGCGGCAGGCGGUGGAUAACUACCCACAGGCUCGCAUCUACGUCACCACAGAAGAGCGCAUGAAUUACUGCGACACUGUAUUCAAGAAGGAGACUGGUAAAGACAGGAUUCAGUCGGGGUCAUAUCUGAGCACCGGUUGGUUCACACUCAUUCUUGCCAUGGACAUGUGCAAGGAGAUCCGAGUCUACGGCAUGAUCAACGACACGUACUGCAAGUCAGAGGACUACAGGAAGGUACCGUACCACUACUAUGAAGCAGGAAGUCGAGAUGAAUGUGCAGAGUAUCUUUUGCACGAGAGUGCCCCAUAUGGCGGACACCGUUUUAUCACAGAGAAGGCAGUUUUUGCAAAGUGGGCCAAGACUCACCCCAUCAAGUUUUUCAGUCCAGAGUGGCAGCUGUCAUGACCAAUGGAAGACUCCCAUUCCUUCUGAAUGUCCCCUGAACUAAGGCUCUGUCAGCCUAUAACCUUUCCAUUUUAAAUUAACACAAAACUUAAGGAGAAGAAUCCUUCAGAUUGCAAUUUCAAACAGGAGUUGUUUGAGUGCAGUAAGUCACCCAUGGAAACCAUACUGAAAGGUCUCUAUUGCACCUGUUGUUGAAUCGUUGUGAUCAUCUAGUCUAGUGGAUUUUGCAUGUUCUACUCAUUGGGCAGUCGAGUAGCUUAGUUUUUUUUUUCAUCACCAGAGUUGGAAAAGAGAUGAUGAAGUGCAUGACUGAGAAACCUUUGCUUUGACAGACAUCUCGGAUCACAACAGCUACUGAUGCAGUCUGAUAUAAACAUUAAUGGAUCUUGGUUUCUGUACUAUAUUUAUUGUCUCAUAGACACACAUCGACCUGAAAUCAACCUCAGAAAAAGUGAUGCCACUGUCAAACCUUUUACCUUUUUACAUGACCUACAAAAGUCAUCAGCCCAAAACCUAAAAAUUUUUCGCUACGCCGCUCACAUCUCUUUGGGGACACAUUACUUUGUAUGCACCCUUUGAACAGCAUAAUAUUAGGUCAUUCACAAUCUUUUGCAUAUAAUUUUUUCAUACUUGCAUUUAUUAUGCGAGUUUCACGCUGUGAAAAUAGGCUGUGGAAUAUACAGUACAUUUAUAUUCUGUUGUUAUGUGCCAUGGCAAAAAAGCAAGAAAACAGGAGAGUAGUUGUAUUGUUUAUUUUUCAUUGUUUGCCAUAUGUACCAUAGACAGAUGACAUGAGAAUUGUCCAGUGCAUAUUUUAGUGAUUUCCAAUGUCAAGAUUGUGCCUGAAUUAAGUGUAGUAUACAUUGAGUGCUGAAGCAACCUAUUCAUUACUUUCCUUAUGCCUUAUUUUCGUAUUUAAAAAAAUUACCCUCCUGUCCAGACACUGUCAGUAUCCUGAAAGGAAUAGUUUACCCAAAAAUGAAACAUGAGGGUGAGUAAAAAAACUAGUUUCAUUUAGGAAUGAACCUUUAAGAUGAUUUUACACUUUCCCUGUUGUCAGUUUAGCAGGCUAAUUUGAUCAGCUACUGUAGCUAAUUGUUGUAGCAUAACACAAACCAGCAGACAAUGCAGCACCCCGGGGGCUCCCCCGCUGUGUUGAGACGUCCCCUGCGCAUGUGGUUGUGGUUUUUCUCCAUCAAAGCACAGCAUAAAUCUUUUUGCAUUUAUAUCAAGGAUAGUCUUGAUAGUAUAUGUAACACGUUUUCGAAUCAGUUUGUGAUUAUGACAUCAUCUGGCAGCUCAGCCCGGACAGCCUUUCUCUUCUAAUGCACCACCACUCUGUGCAUGUUUGACCAGCAUUGCUGUAGCAUUGCAACAAACUGUGAGCACCAUGGCAGUGCCAGACAUUUUCUCUGGAGAAAAAGACACAUCUAAAUGGAUUAGUUGUGAAGAGUGAAUGGAGUCAAUUUGGUAUCAGAAUAUGAGACUGAUACACAGAGAACAGGAAGGUGGUGCUACUUCUGGAGCGGUUUUGUGAUGAGAUAUUGCCCAUGCUUCUAGCCAAUAGGUUAACAAUUGAUACAAGGUCAAUUUCUCAGAGUUAGGGAUGGCCAGUAACACUUAUUUUCUUUUUGAUGGGAUACCAUACGAGUACCAAGAUUCAAGUAAGUAUUGGCGAUAUUGAUACCAAAUUACCAAUACUUAUAUGUUUAUUACAUGAAAGGUUUUCAACCUGGUCUUGUAGAAUCACGUUACUAUACCUACAUUUUUGCAAAAGGAUUUUUACAUGGCUUGUAUGUAUCGAAAAUGAACACUUGAGGCACAAUGUCUUUUAUUCCCUUUCACACAAAUCACGCAGAUUAUCAGUUCAUAACACUCAGUAGUUAGCUUGGCCGUUAUUUAGUGAAAUGAAACACCAGACUGAUCACAGUGUGAAUUUAGUAACAUUAGGUGGAACAUUUGCUGCUGAAGUCGGUCUGUGCUUACCAAAAUUUGAAUAACUGCCUCCCAGUGGCCGAAGCUGAAAUUGUUGUUAAACGUACAGAAUGUGUACUUGUGAGCUCCAGUUUCUGGGUGAAAUGUCCACAGAGUGGCGCCAAAAGCAAGUUGUGUUUUUAGUUGUAAAUAAUGUAUUGCAGGAAACAGGAAUGCAUAUUUUUUAAACCCUACACCCUAACCCAAACCUCAACCCUAAACCUAACCAUCAGUGGAGUGAAAAUGUAUAUAAAUCUUUUGUUAUUAACAAUUUUUAUUGAUUCCAUGCAGCAAAUCACAUAGACAUAACAGAAAAUGCUAAAUCAAACCACAUGAAAUCAUAACUUUUGCCCCCGAACAUUAACCCCCCCCCCAUCCAACACAAACAAGCACUCCAGUGGUCAAAAGCCAACUGACAUAGACACACAAAUAGACAAUAAAACAGCAGAAAAUAGCGACAUAAAAUAAAUAAAUAAAAACACUAUUCCCUCUGCACCUCCCCGAGUGCCAUCCAAAAAGGCCAGCUAGCCGACCCACUUCCUGAUGUAUAGAUCCAGGUUGCCCUGCCUUCUAUAUACCAAUUCCUCAAAUGCUGCCACCCUGCCUAACUCGAAGCGCCACUCACGAAAUGAGGGUGCACCAGAUGACCUCCAUCCCCUGAGGAUUACCCGCCUGCCAAGAAAAUGUAAUCUUAGUGGGAAAAUGCAACCUUUGAGUCACGCUCACCAUUGUUUAUGUGAAUGCAAUUACUUCCUGGUUUUUCCCAGUGGGCCGUCCACGAAAUGGGGCUGCAUGGGCCACCGCAUUAUGCAGAACGCGCCACAAAACGGCGCCGCGAUAUGCAGAAAAGGACAGAAACCCCCCCAACUCAACAAAUUUUGGGCCAGGUUUUAUCUAAAAUCCCGGGCCGAAUUUUCUUCCCAGUCCGCCCCUGGUCGAGCUAGAGGGAAAUGCAUUCAUUCGUAAAUUGAUUUCUGAUGGGGGAUUCUGCUUGCCAGUAAAUCGUCUGAAUGGGGUUAAUUUUAGGGUACAUGAACUUUCAGAAGCAACAUGUUGAUUUUCUGUUUAAAUGAGCACUGUCUGUGACUGCUUGUGUCUGUCAACAUUUCUGCUUGUGAUCAGCUUUAUAUGUUCCUUCUAAAGUAAAUGUUUCUUAUUUUAAGGAUAUUUAAAAUAUUUUAAAUGGAAAACAAGACAAAAACACUUGACAACAAUAGGAUUUUUUGCAGUGAAUUUUUACAGAAUUAAACUUAAUAAAAAGUAUUAUUUUUCUUUCAUUCAGUGAAUGUCAUAUAGACAUUAGUAUUUUUAAAAGAUGAUUUUGUCCUCUUAAUUGUUAGUAAGCAUGUGUAAUACAACCUUUUAACUCUGGGAAUAAGCUGAAUAGUUGGUUAAGAGCUAAUGAUUAAUCGUUGCAAUAAUCGCCUGAAUAGUUGAAUAAUCGUUCUAAUCAUCGUUAGAUUAGUCGAUUAUCAAAAUAAUUGUUAGUUGCAGCCCUAGUAAUCAGCAAAAUAAUUUAUUAAAUCAGAAGCGUUAAAAACACUUAGGGUCAAUAUUUUAAUGUGAGAAUUAACCCUCUCGAUACAACAUCAAUAUUGGUAUCAGUAUUUCAAGAUCUGUACCCAUCCCUACUCAGAGUGUUGACUCAAGAUAAUAAUUUCCUGGGUCCGGCAUCAUUAUGUAUUGAUUUUGUUCACUAAGUGAUGAAAAACGUCCUGUUUAGGUAAACAGCACAUUUAAACUUGUAAAUAUUCUUGAAUUUAUCCCAUAUCCUGCUGUUCAUGCCUCAGUCAUUACCACAGUAUACCAAUGAUAUACUCUGAACUGUGAGUGGAGAGAUUGUGACUCUUGAAGAGCUUGCUGAUCUAAAUCUCAUGAUCUGCUUGCUGCAGUCCAUGCCUUUUCAUUGAUCUGCAGCACCAUUAGUGCUUCUGCACUAGCAUGGCAAUAUUGACUCAUCACCCAGAUGUUCGACCGUGACUUAAUCCAGCACAUUUUCUGCUUUUUUUUGUUUGUGAAAACACUAAACUGACUUCAGCAUUGGGCUUGUCUUAUUUUGUUUCUUUUAUCAAAUGUCAUAAGUGCUUUUCUUUAACCUUUUAAAAAGGUGCUUGUUUGAGGUGUACACUUCAUCACUUUUUCUUUGCAGCAUAAAGUGUCCUUUUUUUAUCUUUCAUUCUGAUUAUUGGAUUUUAUUUUUUAUAUUUUUCUUUGUUGCUAUUUGUAUGUCGUCACACUAUUAAGAUUUCAGCCAUUCACGGCAGACAAAAGUAGGCUAUCUUUUUUUGCUGGUUAAGAUUUUUGUGUGUUUUCCCCCAUUAGUAGUGUAAUCUAAUAGUCAAAUAUGCAGUGCCUUGCUAAAGUAUAUACAAGUCCCCUAACAAGGACACCUUUCAAUUGGUCCCAAUCUGUGAAUCAUUAAAAUUACUUCUACAUUUUCUACAAAAAAAGCAUUUAAGGUAUCAUCAUUCAGACUGUGAUUCAGAAGGCCUAUUAGAAAACAAAAAAGACUAAAGAGCAUUACAAAGAAGUUAGAGAUAAUGUAAAACAAGUGAACAGAUUAGAAAAGGGUAUAAACGAAUAUCACAGAAUAUAACUAUAACAUAAAACAGUUUCUGAAAAUAAUUAUGAAGAGUGUUGGCCCAUGCAAAACAUGCCGCAGUGAUGCUGAGAGGUGUGGUUGAUUGUAAGGUUGUUGCAACGUGGUUGCUUCCUGGCCCAAGUCAAAAUAACCACCGCCAAGUCUCUAUGAUAUUCUUUAUGAUAUUCUGUUCCCUAGAUAUGGCUGAAGGCCCUACUUUGUGUAAAUAUAAUGUUACUAGCCACAUCUAAAAAAUACGUCUUUUGAAGUAUAGUGGUGAUAGAAUCACUGUUGGACUGCUUUUCAAAUGCAGGGUCUAUGCAACUUGCUUAAAAAAAAAAAAAAAGAAUAAUGGUGGUGAAGGAUGGUGAAAAAGAUAGGGAAAUCUUUCAGCUCGAUGAUGAUACCAAACACAAGGUCAGUUUAACAGUGGAGUGGACUAAGAGGUGAAUUUCCCAUCAGUGGCCCAGUGAAUCUCCAGUUGCUGUUUGAAAAUCACAGUGCAAGGGUCACUGACUAACCUGAAAUGCCAGUCUGCCCAGGAAAAUGGGGCAAAAUUACAACUGAUCGAUGUGCAAAACUGGCACAUACUUAUUCCAAAUGACUUAUCAAAAGAGCUGUCAUUGCUGCAAAGUGUGGCUCUUUAAUAUAUUGUAGUGUGGGAAUUGCAUACAGUUUUUAUUAUGAUUAUUUUAUUAUUAUUAUUAUUUAAUUAAAAAGGGAUUUGUAGCUCAGUAAAAUGAGAGAAUUAAUUAGGGCAUGGAAACCUUUGCAAGGCACUGUACCAUUUUGUGUUGUGAUCUUGAGUAUGUUAUAAAAUUUGCAUUGGAAAAAAGUGUAAUGUGAAAAUGUUGUAAAUCUUGUUUUAGUGAAUUGUUUUGUGAUGCAUACAAACAAUGCUUUGUCUCACUGCAAAGGCCUUCAAAUGGAUUCGAACUGUUUAGGCAUCAUCAUACAUUGUCCUGUUACUGUAUAAUUACUUAUAUUUUUUAUUUUCAGGUCAGUCUACUGCAACUUGGUGUGCAAUCAAAUAGGGAGGAGCUAGUUUAUUUCUUGUUUCAAUCAUUCUAAUAAAUUGGCGCAACAGUAUAUUUUUGAAAGCAUAUGUGUUAAAACAUUUAUCAAUCAAUUGAGGUUAUUAGAUGUAAUUACUUUGUCUUGCCGAUUCCUGUUCCAGCUUUCCCUGCUGUCAGUGAAGGUGUGAAUAACAUUGUAGCAAUGAAGAUGAUUGUUUUAGACUUCUGUUUUCAUUUUUAUUAUAGAACUGUGAUGAGGAGGAGGGCUAAUCGGGCUAAUCAGCCAAGGAGAGGGAUAAGUGUAGCGAAUGUGGCAGUUCGGGAGAUGAACUGCUCUAGUACCACCAGAUCGACGACAUUCACAGCGCUGCGGGUUCCCUCUGCCAGCAACCAUCUCCGGCCGGCAUUCCGGAGCAGUUGUGCAAAAGCGAACAGGUGGUCGUGCCUCCCGAAGCUCAGGGACCUGAAGAGCUGACGACUCUGUUCGGGGCUAUGACCAACCCGUUGCUGGAUGGCUUUCCUCAGCUGUUGAUAGUUAAGGAGGCUGGUGGCGAGAAGUUGUUGUGUCGCUAGCUGAACCUCCCCAGAGAGUAGGGACAAUAAGCGGGCCACCCACUGGUCAGGAGGCCACUUCCAUACCUCGGCCAUCUUUUCAAACAAAUUAAGGAAGGCCUCUGGGUCGUCACUUGGCCCCAUUCUCAUCAGAGACACAGGUGGGGUUGGCUCCAGGGGGGUCGCAACGCCAGCCCCCUUUCUGGCGAUCAGACCGGUCCUCCGCUUGUGCCUGGAGCAGGGCUUGGAGCCGUUGUUCCAGCUCCAGGCAUAGCACCAUGAGGGCUUGGUGUUGGUUUUGCUGGAUGCUGGUGAGGGACUUGAUAACCCCGAUUGGGGGCCGGGUGUGCAUAGUCACGGCCCGGCCCCGCCCUCCUCCUCUUUACAAGAAAAUACUUAAAGGGCACCCAAAAAUUAGUACAUUUUUUGGGGUUAUCCUUUCUUUUGAUACCCUAUCUACCACAAAUCUCCUCAUUCAACAUACUGUAGUUUUGUCCUUUUCCUCACUCUUUAUGUCUCUUGUGGUUAAAGGGAUUGUAACAGUAUAAGGACAGGCAAUGAGGAGGCGGGAACCGGCUGAACAGUCAGCAUAAAGGUUUAAUGAUAUAAAACUUAAAACAACAUAAAACAUAAACGAACAGACACACAUGCAGCGCAGCCACAUGCGUAUUUCUCUUUCGAACUGGUGCCUCCAGCUAGUCUUUAUCCCCCUCCCGGCUGAUUAGCCCGAUUCAGGGCCGGCUGUGUGUCCUCAUGGCCCAGCCCCACCCUCCUCCUCGUCACAGGGAUAGUUCACCCAAAAAUUUUAACUCUCAUCAUUUACUCACCUUAUGCCAUCCCAGAUGUUUAUGACUUACUUUCUUCUACAGAACACAAACUAAUAUUUUUAGAAGAAUAUCUCAGUUGUGGAGGUCUAUACAGUGCAAGUGAUUGGUGGCCAGACCUUUGAAUCUCCAAAAAUCACAUAAAGUAAUUAUUAUAUAUCCACUGGGUAAAUUCAUGAUUCAGAAGUGAUAUGAUAGGUGUGGGUGAGAAACAAAUUAUUAUUUAAACACUGGAGUCAUAUAGAUUACUUUUACGCUGAGUUUCUUUGAUUUUUGCAAACUUAAAGUUUUGGUCACCAUUCACUUGCAUUGUAUGGACCUACAGAGCUGAGAUAUUCUUCUAAAAAUCUUUAUUUGUGUUCUGCAGAAGAAAGAAAGUCACAUCUGGGAUGGCAUGAGUGAGAAAACGAUGAGAGAAUUUUCAAUAGCACAUCAUUUCAGAGAUUUUUCCUUAUCAAAUAGAUACAUUUUCUGCCGAACUGUGCUGAUGCCAUUCAUUGAACAGAUGGUAUUGCCAUAUGCACUGUGCUACCAUCUAGGCCUCUUCUCUCAGCUCACCACCACAAUUUCAAUGCUUUCUGCAGAAGUCACAAUGACUGUAGAAAACAAUGUGUGAAGAGACACCUGUGGAGUAUCUGUCUACAUCAGUGGUUCUGCUUGACUUUGUUGUAUUAAAAAAUAACCUUUUGUGUAUUUUUCAAAUGAUAUAUUUUGCCCACUAUUUAGAGUGGGGAAAUAGUCAGUGGUCCAUCACACCAUUUUUAAUUUUACAUUUUUAUUGCUGUUGUGAAAGCUGACUGUUCUCUGAGUUGUUUUAUAUGAUCACUUUAUCUUCUUUAACAUCUAUAACUAUGUAUGCUGUGUCUUCUUUCUUUCUGUUUAACCUUAUUGUCCAUUAAAUGGCAGUGUUUGGGUUCUGAGAGAAAAAUUUUUUUCAAGCAGUUAGUCAACACUUUUCAAGCAAUGAGAUUGUGUCACACUCAUUUUUGUACUUGCUGUCUGGCUGUUUGUAAUAAAUGAAGUAAAUUAAUAAGUU